CCCACCUCCUGCCGAAGCAUAUGAUCGCCCGUUCCCAGCCAGAUCCUUUUAGUAUUAGAAAGCAGUUAAUUUUCCGUUAUAUUUGAAAAAAAAAAAUCCUCUACCGUGGCGACGUCGGGGCCGCAAGACAUCCGUCGCAGAAAACUGUAUCCGUCCUCAUCGUCAAGUUCAGGUCCUAGCAGCGUAGAGAAGAGGGAACGUUUUGGAAAGAUUCCAAAGGUUGAUUAUCCAUUUUGGCAACAGAAUUGGUUCAUUGGAUUGCUGUUCCUGAUGGCGGUGGGGUUCUUUGGUCUUGCUCUCUUCCUCACUUUCAGUUUCGAUCAUGGUUCUUCUUCCUCCGCCGCUUCCUCUUCCCCCUCCUCAUCUCAGAACGUCGAGGUAACUUACGGGACGGUUUUAAAGCUGAUGCACGAGAAAACGAAAUUUAGGCUUCAUUCGCACGAUGUCCCGUACGGUUCUGGGAGUGGACAGCAAUCCGUCACCGGUUUUCCCAAUGUAGACGACUCUAACAGCUACUGGAUUGUUCGGCCUACACCCGAUACAUCUGCUAAACAAGGAGACACCAUCUCCAACGGGGCAAUUAUUAGAUUGCAACAUAUGAGGACUAGGAAAUGGCUGCAUAGCCACUUGCACGCAUCCCCAAUAUCAGGAAAUCUCGAGGUCAGCUGCUUUGGAGGAGAAACAGAAUCGGACACUGGUGAUUACUGGAGGCUCAUAAUUGAGGGAAGUGGAAAAACUUGGAAGCAAGACCAAAGGAUUCGGCUUCAACAUGUCGACACUAGUGGGUACCUGCAUAGCCAUGACAAGAAAUACUCCAGAAUAGCUGGUGGACAGCAAGAGGUUUGUGGUGUUAGAGAAAAGCGUGCAGAUAAUGUCUGGUUGGCUGCAGAGGGUGUGUACCUCCCCAUUACUGAAGGCAAGUAGUAUAUGCAUGUCUAAGAGAUCACUACACUGUAAAAGCAGGUGCAUUGAUUUUGGAUUUGUUGUUGCCUGUUUUCCGAUCCUUUAGUAGCUAAUAGCCAUUUAUGAAAUCAGUAGUAUAAAUUUUGCAGAACAACUUUCUCUGGUGAAUAUUAUGUAUGUUUAUGUACCUUGAGACGAUACUAAAAAUUUAAUUACUAUCAUUAUUAUAGCAAAUCUAUGACUUCAUUUAUGAAAUCA